AUGCAGCAAAUCUGGCUUUCUCUACUAUCUGGCCUCUGCCUUCGCCUGGUUUUCUUUUGCAGUGCUGAGGAAGGUCUCGAGUUCCCUAAUUUUGACGGGAAGGACAGGGUGCUGGACAUCAACGAGCGCAACUACAAAAAGGCUCUGAAGAGAUAUGACCUGCUGUGUCUGUUCUACCAUGAACCUCUUCCGGCCAACAAGGGUCUACAGAAGCGGUUCCAAAUGACAGAGCUGGUGCUGGAGCUCACAGCUCAGGUCCUGGAGAACAAAGACAUCGGUUUUGGGAUGGUGGACUCCCACAAGGAUGCCAAAGUAGCCAAAAAACUGGGUCUGGAGGAGGUGGGCAGCUUGUACGUUUUCAAGGACGACCGUGUCAUUGAGUUUGACGGGGAGCUCUCAGCAGACACACUGGUCGAGUUCCUGCUGGAUGUGUUGGAGGACCCAGUGGAAAUGAUCAAUAAUGCGAUGGAGCUGCGAGCCUUUGAGAGAAUGGAGGAGGACAUCCGCCUUAUUGGCUACUUCAAGGGAGGAGAUUCAUACUAUAAAGCUUUUCAGGAGGCCUCAGAGCGUUUUCAACCUUACAUCAAGUUCUUUGCUACAUUUGAUAAAUCUGUAGCCAAACAUCUCUCCCUCAAGAUGAACGAGGUGAAUUUCUAUGAGCCGUUUAUGGAGGAGCCUGCCAUCCUGCCUGGCAGACCUCUGUCAGAGAUGGACAUUGUUGACUUUGUCAACCAACACAGAAGGGCUACACUGAGGAAGCUCCGGGCAGAGAAUAUGUUUGAGACAUGGGAAGACGACAUGGAUGGAAUACAUAUUGUUGCAUUUGCUGAGGAAGAAGAUCCAGAUGGCUAUGAGUUCCUGGAGAUCCUGAAAGACGUUGCCAGAGACAACACCAACAACCCAGAACUCAGCAUUGUCUGGAUUGAUCCUGAUGACUUUCCUCUGCUGACCACUUACUGGGAAAAAACCUUCAAGUUGGACCUGUUUAGACCUCAAAUUGGCGUUGUCAAUGUAACAGAUGCGGACAGCGUGUGGCUGGACAUGUCCAACGACGAGGAUUUGCCCACUGCAGAGGAGCUGGAGGACUGGAUAGAGGACGUCCUAUCAGGGAGGGUGAACACCGAGGACGAUGAUGAGUCCGCUGAUGACCAGGAAAACCCUGACAGCUACGUCACAGAGGAUGGCGACGAAAGUCAUGACAUAGAUGAUGAUGAUGACGGUGAUGACUAAACUGAAUGUCCAGGGCUGGUGUCCUAGCAGUUCAGACAUGGGUCAAAGUACUAAACUGAACUCGGUUUGGCACAUUAGAAAGAUCUAGACUAUGUAGACUGUGGUUUAAUUAGUUAGGCUGAUAAAACAGAACUGAAUAAAGGUCAUCAUGGGAACAUUUUAUAAUGAAGUUAGCACAGUGCCUAGAGCAGUAAUUCUCCUAAAUUCACAAAGGUUCAAGAUAGCAACAUACUAAAGUUUCUGUGUUACAUAGAUAUGUGAGUUAAAGCUGCAAUAAUUGAUUUUUUGGCCACUUGGGGCAACACAAGAAACACUGACAUAUCACCUUUUAAGUUGCUAUGGCUAAUGUAUUAGUAAACAGUUGUCUAUUUACACACUGAUUGGACACAAAGGAAAAUGAACAUUUAUUUGGAGUCCUACUUCAGGCCUAAUUAUAAAUGUAAGUCUAAUAUAUACUCUCUUUGUUGCUCUGUUUUGUUCUCCACCAACUACUGACAAAAAUAUCUGGCUCUUCAGUUGCAAAAUACACUACUAUGUUCACCAUGUAGUUUAUUGACUAUAUCUGUCAUGGGAGCUUUUUCACUCAAAACAGCUGCCUGCUGUGUCUGAUAUGCUGAUGACAGCGGUGAGAGUGAAUUAAAACAUCAAAACAUCAAAGCUGUGGGCCCUAAAACCAUGACAAUGAGCUGAAAAAAAAAGACAGAAAAAAAAGCUGAGGGGAACUGCAGAGUCUGGUGAUAAUGUUGUGUUUGUUACUAUGAGUGACAUCCUUCAAAUUACACAUACUAAUUUGAUAAAUGUUUUACAAAAAAAAAAAUGAUUAUAGCAGCUUUAAGGUUUAUAUAAAUGAUGAAAUAGUUAUUAGGAAUUCUACUGGUGUGUGCGUAUAUGAAUCUAUAUGAAA